AACCCUGCGCAACAUUUACGCAAAAAGCAAUGACGUGCUAGCAGUAACAAACCACACCUUAGCAUCUAUAUUAGAUAAACAGCACCGAACUUCUCUCCUAGUUUUGUUUUGACAAAAGGACUUUUAUUGGAGAAUAAAGGACGGGAUAUAAAGAAUGGCGUCUCGGGGUAAAUCAGAAACAAGUAAACUGAAACAAAACAUGGAAGAACAGCUGGACCGGUUGAUGCAACAACUGCAAGAUUUAGAGGAGUGCAGGGAAGAACUUGAUGAGGAGGAGUAUGAGGAAACUAAAAAAGAGACAUUAGAGCAAAUGAGCGAGUUCAAUGAAUCCCUGAAGAAGUUUAUGUCUGGGAAUAUGACACUAGUAGAUGAAUUGGGGGGAAUGCAACUGGCGAUCCAAGCUGCCAUCAGUCAGGCAUUUAAGACACCUGAAGUUAUUCGGCUGUUUGCCAAAAAGCAGCCAGGGCAGCUCAGGACAAGAAUGGCCGAGAUGGACCGUGACGUGAUGGUUGGAAAGCUUCCUCGAGAUGUCUAUACUCAGCAGAAAGUGGAGAUCCUCACAGCUCUUAGAAAACUUGGCGAGAAGCUUACACCAGAAGAUGAAGCGUUUCUUGCUGCCAAUGCUAGUGCUAAACUGAGCCAGUUUGAGAAGGUCACUGCUAGCCUAGGAUCGGAAGAUAAGAUAAUGGCAUUGGCCAGUUCUGGGGUCGAGAAAACCCAGACAUAAAGAUGUACUUGAGUUUUACUGUUUUUUUUACAACGACUGCAAUUUCUUAGUUGAUGGAUGUGGUUAAAUGUGUGCUUUAGGAGUAAUCAUACAGAUAUUUGUGUUGUAUGCAUCCUGCACAUUUUAUGACCUAUUGUACUGAUCUGGGUACAAUGAAAAACUGAGUUUACAUUGUUCUGAAAGAUAUCUGACAUUUUAGACAUGAUAGUGUUGUCUUUUGUUUUUAAUUGUCAUAGUUCGUUUUUAGUCCUCUGGUUGUAAUGUAAUGUAUUACAGACUGUGCAGCCAAUUACUCUUUUGGUACGGAGUAUUUGAUAUAAUUACUAUGAAUUUUAUUUCAUUUCAUUUUUGUGAUUUUUAACCAGUGUGAUGUUUGUAAAUAUUUUGUAUUAGAAUAUAAUUGAUGAAAACCUG